AUGCAGCUUCAAACAACCUCUAUCUGUGUUCUUGUGCUUACCAUUACGUGCUUCCCGGCACUUUUCUAUGGCUCCCCGCUAUCCAAAGGCAUGUCCAAUGUGCAAGCUAAAUCCAGCCAGGACUGGGACUUCAAAUUAUACCAUAGCAGCCAAUGCAAAGGAUCAGCAGCAAAAUUCAUUGGCUCCGGAUCUACUGGAUGUCGUAAUGAUGUUCCAAGCGGGGGUGCUUCGAGUUAUUAUGCGGCAAGCAUUGCCUCCGGCUGCACAGUGGAGCUUUACAAGGACAAUAGCUGCAGUAGCCGCCACAGAACCCAUGAGGUUAACUCGGGAGCGAGUAAGAAAUGUACCAAGAUCUCGAGCAAAAAGAAGCACAUCAACAGCUAUGAGGUGACCUGCUAG